AUCAAUAGCCCGACCUUGCCCAGUUCGAAUGUCUGACCGGUAUUUCUGUUUAAUUGCUCUCGCGGAGCCGGGAAAGUUCACCCGCACUUGUGCCCACGCCGCGGUCGGCAGGGCUGACCGGAGGGUGACCUCGCCAGGACUGGUGGCCUUAGAUGUCCCAACUGGGAUACAGGACACUCUAUACGGGGACCACGCCGAGGACAGGGGACCGACUAUAAAACGGCCGACCGGCGUCAGAUAGGCACAGUUCACCGCUGACUACCAUCUCAACAACAACAUGAAGCUGAUCGUGUUCGCCGCCGUGCUGGCCGUGGCCGCCGCCGCCCCGUCGGAGCUCCCCUACGAGAGGGACAUUGUCGAGAUCCUCCGACAGAACAUCGACCACAACGACGACCAGUCCUACCAACACUCUUUCGAGAGUGAGAACGGCAUCUCUGUGUCGGAGUCUGGCGAGCCGGAGGACGACGACAGCUACAGCGUGUCGGGCCAGUUCAGCUACACGGCCCCCGACGGCGUCACCUACACGGUGGUGUACUCGGCCGGCGAGCAGGGCUUCCAGGCGCAGGGCGACCACCUGCCCACCCCGGUGCCCACCCAGUACCCCACCCCGGAGGUGUCUGAGGAAGAGGAUGAGGAGGAGGAGGAGGAAGAGGAUGAUGAUGAGGAGGAGGUCCGUGGGGAGCCCCAGUACGAGCGUGUCAUCGUCGGAUACAGGCCCCGCUACCAGUAGACCAUUCGAAAUGAGGCUGAACCCUAUUAAGUGCCGAUGAAUAUACUUCUCUAUUUUUAGAGAAGUUGAUGUUCUCUGAUUUGUUCCUUGUGUGAAAGUUUCUCUAUGUUCAGAGAGGUAUUUAUGGUUUAAGCAAGAGACAGUCAUGUCUGUUGCUUUAUUCAUCCUUAUUUAUUUCUUAUUGUCCUGUGAUUGACUGUAUGUUGUAAUAAUAAAUAUUUGUUAUCAUGAUCAC